GAAAAAGGAGAAAACGUUAAAACUUGGAAACGCAGUGUCAUGUCAGGAGUCACUUUGGUUGUUUGUCCCCCGUACGUUUCGGUUUGAGUUGCGGCUUCUCUUGUUUUUUGUUUUUAUUGCUUGGAAUUUGUUUGGACCAGAUUGAAGAGUUGUGGAUUCUAAGCUGGUUAAUAGCUAUGGCUUCUUCUCUGUUACUGGCUGUUGUCUUUGUGUUUGAUCUCAUUGCUUUUGCUCUCGCUGUUGCUGCUGAACAGCGAAGGAGUACCGCCAAUUUAGCACAAAAUAUUGAAGGUAGAAAGUAUUGUCAAUAUGAUUCUGACAUUGCCACCGGCCUAGGUGUUGGGUCCCUCUUUAUCCUUGUUGCAAGUCAAGUGAUCAUUAUGGUUGUAACUAGAUGCCUUUGCUGUGGGAAAGCCAUGAGACCUAGUGGAUCAAGAUCAUGGGCAAUUUGUUUGUUCAUCACCACCUGGUUGACAUUUCUUAUUGCUGCUUCAUGCCUUCUAGCUGGUUCAGUAAGGAAUGCUUACCACACAAAGUAUAGAGAUCUAUUGGGAGAGAGAGCUCCUUCAUGUCAAACCUUGAGGAAAGGAGUUUUUGGAGCUGGAGCUGCUUUCAUUGUUCUUACAGGCAUAGUCUCUGAGCUUUACUAUGUUAGUUUUUCAAAAGCUAAUAAUGGUGGUGCCCUUCCCUAUGCUAGAGACACAGGUGUCACUAUGAGCAAUUUGUGAAUUUAAUGGAUCUGGAUUCUGUGCUGUAAGAUUUUCAUGCAGUAGAUCACAUCCUUUCAUUUGAGAUUGAACGGUUCUGAUGUUACACACAGUUUUAUGCAUUAAAACAAUCUCAACCACCGAUUUUAGAUUGGACGGCUAAGAUCAGUUACUGUGUGAUGCAACUGUUCCAUUUAAUGCAAUGUAUGUCACUUAGGGCUUGGGAGUGUAUUAUUAUUAACUUGGCUUACAUGUGAAAUUCUACUUGUAAUUAUGAAGCUAGUUUGAAAAAAGAGUGUUAAUUUAUUUAGACUAUGGUCUC